AUGCCUCAGGCGCGGGAAAAUAAAACCACAUUUCAUGACUACUACCAGCUCGCGAUCAAGCUUAGUGUCACAAGCAACAAGACAGAGUCGUAUGACACGGGUACUGCUGCAAGUGGGGUCUCAACCGAUUCUGCAAAGGAGUCGCAUAAACCUCUCAAGACCUUCCAAAUCGGGUGGUAUCCUCGACGAACCGGCGGAACCCAAGGUGCUCAUUUGAAAUCAACGCCAUCUGUACUCGAAGAGAAGUUCGCUGGGGCAUGGAUGACAACUGUGGAGUCGCAUCGGCGGCUGGCAUUCACGUCUUCGUUUCUCCAUCCAGCUAUGCGCACGAUUCGCCGUGGUUCUAGGACAUGCCGCCGGUAUACGCGCCAUCGGGAAUGUACGGCAAGAUUUGUGUCCAUCUCGGAUGAGACGUAUUUGAAGUGGGCACAGAAAUAUGGUCCUGUCUUCUCUGUCAAAUUGGGCAGCCAGCGCAUCGUCGUUCUGAACAGUGCCGAAGCGGCGGACGAGCUGCUUACCAUCCGCAGCAAGUGGUAUUCGAACCGCGAGCCCUCACACGUCGGGUUCGACCUUGUAAUCGACCAGCAGCGGAUGGUGCAUAUGCCAUACGACAAAGAGUGGAAGGCCGACGAAGAUGACGCUUACAACGACUAUCUCAUUCCCAAAGGAUCCACGGUGAUUGGAAACAUAUGGGCUAUCCAUAUGGACCCCGUUCGGUACCCUGACCCGACUGCAUUCAAGCCGGGGCGGUUCUACGAUCCGGAUGGAAGCUGGACUGGGCAAGCGGUCCGGACACUCAUAAUCGCGACCAACAGCUAUAUAUUCGGGUGGGGCAUUCGUUUCUCUGGCAAAUAUCUUGCAGAGGCGUCGAUGUUCAUCGUUCUGUCUCGUCUCAUCUGGGGCUUCGACUUCUGCGCGGCAUCGGAUGCGAAGACCGGCAAAGCAAGAUUACCUGAUGUCGACGACGAGGCCACGUUCACGGACGGGCUUGUGGCUGCCCCGAAGAUUUACCCUGUUGGAUUCAAGCCACGGUCCGAGAAGUAUGCCGAGAUGAUCAAGGCAUCGUAUAGAGACGUUCAGAACGACUGGCAGUCGAUGGGGCUGGUGGGAGAUGAGUGA